UGGAAACGCCAACUGGAUGCUUCACAUUUAUACAUCCGGUGAAAUAUCUGGCUCAUUGUUUUAUCUGUGUCGUCACAUUCGUGAAACUAGAUAGCUAUAAACAAAGAUGGUGGAUUGUUAAAAAUAAUAAUACUACCUGAAAGAUAAGUAACAUCUUUCAUUUGUGGUACUACUCGCACAGCAGACAAAAUGACAAAAUUGGAAUUGUUGAAUAUAUUUCUUACGAAGAGAUUAACCGCGGCUGCCGAGGAGAUAUUUGGGGCUGUGAAGGGUACUAUAGUUGAGUACCAGACAGAAAUCGUUCGCUCCAAGGAGGAGAACAAUCGUCUCCGAAAGCUGCUGGAUAUCGCUGUUCAGCGCGUUCUACUUCAAACAGACCACCAUGCUAUCCAUCUCACUGAAGAUGCAUCUUCCCCUGAGCAGCAGCACUGUGAGCAGGAGUGGAGCCCCGGUCUGGGCCAGGACCCAGAGCCCACACAGGUUAAAGAGGAACAGGAGCUCAGAAUCAGCCAGGAGGAAGACCAGCUUCAGGGUCUGGAGUCUGAUACCAAAGGAGAGUCCAUAUUAACUGCUCCCUUUGUUAAAAGUAACUGUGAUCAGGACCCAGCUCAGCCUUCACAUCUUCUACAUACCCAAACUGUGGACAUCAGAGGAGACUCUUUAGCCAGAACCAUAUCUUCUAAGCAGAUCAAAAUAGAAAAUGAAGAAGGCUACAGCACAUCAGAACCAACCAGUGACUUACAGACCAUCUUCAACGUGAAUUCCGACUGUCUUGCAGCUUCGAGUGAAAACGGUGCCCAACCCAAUAUCAACAAUAGAAUUCAGAGAGAAGGACUCUCAGGAUAUAAGGCCCCACAUCCACAGGGAACAAGCAGUGCAUAUGAAAGAGAAAGUAUCGGUCUACACAUAGAUGUUAGAGGCCAGAACACCUCAAAGCUGCCUCAACAGAGAUCCCCCUAUCAACCCCAGGGCAUACAGAGAGUGUAUCGUUGCAGAGAGUGCGGGAAAUGCUUCAGUUUCUCCUGUCAGUUAGAGGUCCACAUGCGAUGGCACACCAAGGAAAGACCAUUCAGCUGCUCUGUGUGCAGAAAAGGCUUUACAACCAUCAGCAUGUUGAGGAGGCACCACCGCAUUCACACUGGAGAGAAGCCCUUCCGCUGUCACAUCUGUGGGAAAUGUUUCAAUCAGUCGGCUCACCUGAACACUCACUUUAAAAUUCACCCAGGGGAGAGACCGCAUGGCUGGAAAAUGGCUCGGUCAAAACGUUAACAGCAGAGACAUUUACGCUCUCUCGAAAUUAAGUUCUGAGCACAGAAGGAGAGUGACAUGUAAAUCUGGGCAGUUUAAUUAUUGGCCAGGAUUUAAAACACUAGAAGAAUCAGUGAUUGAUGUUUGAACAAUGCAUUACAAUACAGUGGGGAAUGGGAAUAACUUUGAGUAAUGAAAAUGUUACUGUUUUUCACUGAUCCAUGUGAUUGUGUUGCUGCAUGCGUCAUCAUCUGAAGCCAUGCUUGGUUCAGUGCCAGCAUGAGGAUAUGAAUACUGCUAGUAGCUAUAUAUAUGUUCACUGAUGUUGUUGUUUUUGUAAUUACACUACACAUUUUACAGGAAGCAGAGGAUAUCACCUGUUUUAGUAGAUGCAGACCAAUCAAUUAAUUUGAUCAUCCUCAUCUAUUUCCCCUUAGGACUUGGACAUGACUGCUGGGCUGUAUGACUAUCCUAUUAGGGUCUUGACAGUUAUCCCUGAUGAAAUUACUGUGUAAAAAUGUAGUGUUCUGUACUGAAUGUUAACUGUUUUUAAUAAAUAAUUGGUCAAAUGUUUUAA